GGGAGCGCCCGCCCGGCCGGGCGCCAGCGGGGCGGCCGAUGGCGAGGCGAGAGGACGGGCGGGACUGGGCGUACAGGGUUGAUCCAUAUGGGUUUGAGAGGCCAGAAGACUUUGAUUAUGCAUCCUAUGAAGCAUUCUUUUCCAGAUACCUAGUGGUACUCACUAGAAGAGCAAUAAAAUGGUCCAAGCUCCUAAAAGGGAAUAACAGUAUACAGAAGAGUUUAAAAGUGAAGAGAUAUAUCAGGAAAGGCAUCCCCAAUGAACACCGUGCAUUGGUCUGGAUGAUUGUGAGUGGGGCCCAAACCAACAUGGAACAAAACCCUGGGUAUUACCACAGACUGCUUGAAGGAGAGAAGAAUGCCAAGCUGCUUGAAGCAAUCAAAACAGACAUGAACAGAACAUUUCCAGAUAAUGUAAAAUUCCGCAAAACCGCCGAUCCAUGUUUGCAACAUGCACUCUACAACGUGUUGGUAGCAUAUGGGCAUCACAAUAAAGCAGUAGGAUAUUGUCAGGGCAUGAACUUCAUUGCUGGAUACCUGAUUCUUAUUACAAAGAAUGAAGAGGAGUCUUUUUGGUUACUAGAUGCUCUUAUUGGAAGAAUAUUGCCUGAUUAUUACAGUCCUGCAAUGUUGGGCCUGAAAACUGAUCAGGAAGUCCUUGGAGAACUUGUGAAAAUGAAAGUUCCAGCUGUGGCAGAGCUGAUGGAAAGACACGGAGUCAUGUGGACCCUAGUGGUGUCACGCUGGUUUAUAUGCCUGUUCAUUGACAUCCUCCCAGUGGAGACUGUGCUCCGAAUAUGGGAUUGUUUAUUCUAUGAAGGGUCAAAGAUCAUCUUCCGUGUGGCCUUAACAUUGAUUAAGCAAAACCAAGCUUUUAUUUUGGAAGCCACGAAUUUCCCUGACAUUUGUGAUAAAUUUAAGCAGAUCACCAAAGGAACAUUUGUAACAGAGUGUCACAGCUUCAUGCAGAAAAUAUUUGCUGAUCCUGGAAGCUUCUCCAUGGCAACAAUCAACAAACUCCGAGAGACUUGCAGGGAGAAGGUGCUUUCUCAGGGAUAAAUGCCAGAUGUAACCAGGUGGUCAGAUACUACAGCAAUUGACACAUUCCUCUAGUUGCACUGAUUAAAGCACACUUUAAGUUUUCCAUGAAUUAAUUGACACUUGACCAAUUUUUCCUGCCUUUUAAGUAAGUGUGUUAACACUUUGUACUGUAUGUCAGAUUUGAUAACUGGAACUGGUGGUUCUGUUACUGUUUGUUGGUGGUGUGUUGUUUUUAUUUUUUAAGGAUUAAGGUAUCUUCAGACUAGAAUGUGAUCAAUGUCAGGAGGACCCUCCUUUUAAAUAAAUAAUCCCAGGGAAUUUUGUAAUAUUAAAAGCAAACAGAUGUAAAAAAUUAUGUAUUACUGUGUUAACUGUGACACUAUUACCAUUUGUACAAAAUAAAUUAAUUUAAUUUGUCAGAACCUGUUUCAUGGUGUAGAGUAAAUUAUGUGAUCUGAGUCCUGUCAGUCAUCGGAUGGAAUACAAGCAUCUUUUUCCUCACUGCUCUCACUUAAGGAACUCAAAUAGAGCAAAGUACAGGGCAAGAGAGCAAUCAGUGAUCAUCACUAGCAGUUGAUCUAUGCAGUGUGAGAUGGAGCAGCUGUAGUGCAGUUCUCCCA